AUGCCACCGCAGCGUCGAUCAUGGGUUGGUUGUGCGAGGUGUAAGAGCUUUAAAAAGAAGUGCAGUGAAGAGAGACCCUCGUGUCAGAGAUGUCAGACUGCUGGGGUCAAAUGCGAAUACGGGGUGAAGCUCCGCUGGGGAGGGAGGCCAUUUAAUCGGUCACCUUUUGGCGAUUGUUUGUCACAAAAUGAAGGCAACGUUCAAAGAUUAGAUUUGAACAAGAAAAACUUCAUCUAUGUUUCUCCUUCUACUCCCAGACCAGGCCCGCCAAAGGCUACAUCGCCUCCUCCAGAUCAGAAAGUCGAUGAGCCAGAGUGGAUACAAAAUUCUCCAUCAGAGGACUCGGAGUCUUCUCAACUUGUUGUCAGUCAGAGGCAAAUGCCAAUGUCUCCUCUAACCCCAUCCGUUGAGUUCUUCGGUCACCUAUCACCCUUGCAUCGAUCAGGCCUACAGUACUUCACCGAGAGGACCGUCAAAGUUCUUGCGCCACAUCCACAGAUCUUUGAUGAGCUAUGCGAACUCAUCUUGCCAAUGGCUGUCUUCAAUGAGCCCUUACUGCAGGGCAUUGUUGCACUGGCGGCCACUCACCGACUUGCGACUUGCAAAACCAGCGAGGAGCAGUCCUCGCAAGCGCUCAUCGUUGCUGGCUUUCAAGCUCUCAGCUCGAGAUCCCUUUGCCAGAAACUCUCCGAAUGUGAUGAAGAUCAACAACUCAUUCCCCUGCUGGCCGCAUCAAGAGCACUCUUCGUUUGCGAAGUCUUUGCCAGUGAGCCCAGCCCAGAUCGAUGGAGUGUUCACUUCCGUGGAGCGCGUGGGCUCAUUUCUCGAAUACACGAUAAAGGUCUUUCCCAGAACCCGACGGACGAAUUGCGAUUUUUACUCCGAUGGUUCGACAUGACCGAAUCGCUGGUCUGCCACUCAAUGACUGAACUCGCUCCACAACAGUCGACUAUCCCCUCGCCAACAACGCUCGCAUCAGACACAGAUGACGAGCCUGUGUAUAUCGAUAUGUAUCUCUCGCGUACAAAGGACCUCCUUGGAGUGUUCAAAGAGAUUGCACGACUACGCCGGAUCAACAAUGAUGGAACAGCGUCUGAGACUUCAUCGCAAGGCGGUCAAGUCGAGGCCGAGGUCUGGUGGCUCCUCAACUAUCUGCAGUCCAUAAUCGACCGAGAUCAAGCGAAUCCUCCGCCAGUUAUGUCAAUACGCGGUCGCGUUCUAUCUGUUGCCGAAGUCCACGAAUACCGGAUAUCGAAUCAGAUAUGGCAGCUCACCGGUCUGCUCCUCAUCCACCGGCGCUUACGCAAUGAGAGGAGGUCGUCACCUCUCGUGCAAAACCUUGUCAAGCAGAUUCUCGAGUGCGCAGAGCGUCUGACACUACGAGACGGACUCACACCAGUCACUCUUCUUACUCCGCCCUUGUUCUUUGCGGGAUGCGACGCACUUGGUGACGACAGGCCGAGGAUAAAGACUUCGUUGCAAGGCGUCUCAACUGCGCUUGGACUGUUAAAUACCCAGCGAGCAUUGGAAAUACUCGAACAGUAUUGGAAAACCGAUCCGGGUGUCGAUGAUGAUCUAGCCGAUCGGUCGUGGCCUAAGAUCAGUCAAUUUCUACCCUACUAA